CGGAUAUCCUGAAACGAGAUCCUGUUUGUCCCGGACACGGUUGAUUACAAGCGAGUUGAACGAACUUAUUUUUGCACUUAUAAAUCUAGGACGGAGUUAAAGUGUGCAUUUAAGUUAUAAGCAGCAUCCAGAGCGUAUAACUGAAUUUUUGGGGACCACGACACGAAAAGUUGCGAACAUGGUAGCAUAUGUUGGGUUGACCUUGGUUUUAGUGAUAUCACUGCUGAGCGCUGGAGAGGCCCAGCGUGACCGAUGCCGUCAUUGCCGGCCGGGACAAUCCUGCACCAAGCUGUACAGACGUUGUUACGACACGUGUCAACUGAAACAAUGUCUGCCACACCAGCAGUGUAAGGAUUCCAAUGUGUUUGGGGCGUACUGUAUGACUAUUAGGAAGUGCUCGAACAUGAAUUGUGAACCCCAUGAGAUGUGUGUGGAGUUUCCAGACGGACCAACGUGCGUGCGAAACCCAUGCUAUUUAAAACUCUGUCAGCCAGGUAUGAAGUGUGUUGUAAAUGGCGAAAUAGGCACGUGUGAACUGGACUUAGGGCCAGACGCCACAGAGCCAACCCCGACCACGACACCCACCUGCAGCGAUUUGGGAUGCCCUGAUGGCUACGUUUGCCGGGAGGUUGCGAUUCAAUGUAUUCGAGCGCCGUGUCCUUCACCCAUGGCACAGUGUGUGCCUGUCCCUACUCCUCCUACAUGCACUGGCGGACGGGUGUUUCAGACCUGCGCUAGUGCGUGCCCUAGAACCUGCACUAACCCACGCCCUAUCUGCACGAAGCAGUGCGUGCAACGUUGCGCGUGCCCGCGGGAUAUACCAUACGUGCACAAAGAUCAGUGCAUCGAUGCGGAGCAGUGUUUGAUGGAGCUCGCAUCCCGUUACUAUAGGACCUCAUAACGCUGAGGAUCUGCAUGGUGUCUCGAAGAGAGAUCAGGAUUUUCUAUUAUAACAUUUUUGUUCAUCAUGACGAAAUAAAUCCUUUACGACUAUUUAGUUCAAUAUCAGUCAAGGUAUCUAUACUGUUAUAUCCAAAUUGCCGACAUUGGUCCGGUUUUCAUGUAGUUACCAUUUUUAUGCAUUUUCCUCGCUGGAAUUAAAAAUAAAAUGUAUAAUCAUAGAAAAAUGAAAAGAAUAAAUACUCUCAAUCAAAACA